ACCCGGUGUCUUUCAUCCUGACAUUUUUGAAAAGAAAGUUACGAUGGCAGCCAGACUGCGUUCAGGCGAGUGGGUACCUAUGGGUUGGAUGCCUUCAGGUGUUGUUGAGCAUUGGCAUUUCAUGGUUGUGCUGGCUCGCGUGUCGAUAUGCAAUGCAAGGGUGAAUGACAAAGCGUUAUUGUGCAAACAUGCAAAGCUGUGUUGGGAUAGAUUGAAUGCUCAUGACCGUCAGAUGGUAUUGUGUGGAUAUGACGGUCGUGAUGACGAGAACAUGUGGUCAAUGCAGGGUGCUGGCGUGGGCGCAAACCCUUGUUCGGAUUUUCCUGAUAACUGUCUGAGCAUCAUUCGCCGCAGACAUGGGCGGUCAGCACUUCUUGGAUGGGUACCCGUUGUCUUUACCAUGCGUUAUGCCUACGGGGCCGACCUGUCCAUAGAGUUCAGAGACCCUCUGGGUGUUCCGUUUUUUGUGACGUACUCUGAUGGUUUGCUGCGGCACAUUGAGUACAUGGCAGCGAAGGACAUGAAGGGGAACGAUUAUAAUGCGGGGAUUAGAGAACCUCAGUUUGAAGAGACGGGACAACCGGCAUGCGAGGCAAACAGACCACCUGGAGAUGCUCCCGUGGGAUGUGACCUUGACGGACCGACUGCACACUCGGGUGCAGGACGUGUUGUUGUGGAGAAGAGCGCGCUAGUCACCGGCACGGUGUGCACCGAUGGUAGCAGGCGGACGGGGCAAGGAACGAAGCGAAAGGCUACAACCAAACCCGACAACGGGGGGACAAUGACGGUAGCAGGGAGGGGGGGUCGAGGUAAGGGAAGGGGGGGUGGGGCAGCAAUGGUUGGUGGAAGAGGGAGAGGAAGGGGGAGGGGGCAAGGGGGGGCAGCAAUGGAUGGUGAGACAGGCGGGAAAAUUGACGGGAGGCAAGGGCCGCCGAGGCGCAAUCGCCGACUCGGAAAGGCUGCUAGUGGAGGCGAGGACAAAAAUCUCAUUCACGAGGCAUUGCAUGAGGUGACGGAGGAGGCAAUAGCAGCAGCGGAGGUUGUCGAUGUUGAGUGCGUAAAGGAUCACACACUCGACCUUGUAUCGAGGACUCCUGUGUCCCCGUGGAACAUAUGCGAAGCUGUAGAGGAGUUGACCGCGGCAUCGACGGACGUGGACAGGAGGAGGAAAGGAAAGGAAGGAUGGCAAAUGCUUGUUGCAGAACAGGACACCGCAAGGACACACACAACAGACACGACAGUGCAGGACCGAGGUGCCACAGUAUCUCUGGUGGAUGCCAGGACCGUGUUGAAGAAUCCUGCUGCGAAUGCAGCGACUGUCCAUGGCGGAUUCAGAGAGUGGAGAUUGGCACCCAGACAUCCUUCACGUGACUUCAAUGAAGGAGUCGAACAAGCAUCACAGCAGGGAGAUGAUGUGGUGGUUCCUUGUGACGAGAAGGGCGAUGCACAGACAGGACCGCAACAAGAGAACCCGACAUCAUGGGAGUCGGGAGUGAGUGGCAGUGAUAUCAGUAGCGACGAGGUGGGCAAGGAAUACGAUCCUUAUUGGGACGUAAAGCGAGGUGGUGGUCAGGGGUCGAAAGGGUGGUGUCAUGCAAUUUUGAGGUUGGCGCGUGUUUUCUCGAAACCGCACCCAUUGAUACGUGUUGUGGACAAGGUGGCAACACCGGACGGGCGUAGAAUGUCACACAUUAUGAGGAACAGUACUAAACGCUCAGCACUGGCAGCAGACAUGACCACGAGGAGAGGGAAACGAUCAAGAACAACACGAAUGCGGACAACUGAAGAGAAAAAAAACGUCGGAGAUGAUAGCGUGGCAGAGGUCACGAUCGAUUGCAAUCAAGAGAAAACAAUAUCGACGAAGCAGGAUAACUCAGAACGAAGCAAAGUGGAAACGCAAAAGGUCGACAAGGGAGCGUCGCACACCGAGAAGAGGCCACAAGCCACAACAAGAGAAGGCGAAGAAGCAACAGAGAGAACGGCGGCGAAGUGCAGAAUAAUGACAAUGGAGGCUAUGUUGGAGAGAUGGGAGCACCUGUCACAGAAGGACCCGUGGUACAAAAGAAUGUACUUGGCAGCGACAAGAGGAACAAUUCGGUCAGCGGAUCUCGGACCUGCAGAGUCAUGCGGGAAGACGACACAGACAAAGAAGGGCGAGAACGCAUCAACCUCGUCGGAUGGGUUCGAGGUUGUUGACGAGACGAACAUAUAUCCACUUAUGUGGAAAGGCAAAAGGGAGGAGAUCCGACUGGCGGAGACAGAUGUGAUGUGCUUGGCCGUUGGGAAAUGGCUCAAUGACAAUGUAAUGGAUAUGUAUUUGUUUUCCAUAUACGAAGAGCAAUUGCAAGGUAAGGACACUGCAACAGUGCAUGUGUGCACAACUUUUUGGCAUCCGGUGGUGCUCGCGAAUCAGAAAGUCGACACAGUGAAAAGGGGAUGGGAGUUGCGUGUGAAGAGUCGGACGACCAAAAUUCAUCGGCUGUGUAAAGACCUGGAGGCUGCACCGGUCGUGCUUAUUCCAAUUAAUCACAAGCAUCACUGGAUGCUGCUCAUAAUGUUGAAUGUAAGGGAGUUUUGGACCGACGACACAUGCCUCGACGCCAUAAUUGUCGACUCUUGUGAUGGGUACGCAACUCCAGAUUGGAGGGCGUUGUGGACAUUAAUGUGGCACGAGUACCUCAACGACAAACGAAGGGGUCCGGAUGUCGCACGCCAACUGGUGAACAAGUCGUGGAACACUUGCAGAGAUGUGUUUGGUCGUGGACUAAUCCAUGCGAGGUCUUCACAACAAAGCAAACAGAGAGGAUUAUGGUGUGUAUGUAUGUUGCAUGGCAGAAGAGUUGAUAACAAAGUUGACACAUCUCCCAACCGAGAAUGGCAUAUCGAAAGACGACAUACUGAAGAUUGUAGAGAAGAUGCGCAUCGAUGGAAGAACCAUUGGAUACUUUCGUAGGAGAGCUCUCCAUCGCAUUGCAGAGUGUGCAGCAGCAGCGAAAGGUUACACGAGCCUUGGAGCAUGUUGGAC